UCUAUUGCUAGGUGCGUUAGUCCAUUCACAUGCUAUAAUAAUAAUAGACUCAUCACUAUCUGAUGCAAAUCAACUGACCUCGUUCCUUGAUGCUGUGAAAUUAUUCCUCAAAGAGCAAGUUUCGGCAAUUGCUAAAUUCAACAUUAUAAGGUGUACCGGAGGUCUGACUAGUUUUGCCGAUAACUUGUUAAAAGUGUUGCCAGGUGUUGUGCAGGAGGGGAUCGAGUGGUUGGAUGAGGCUCAUUCCAGUUCAUUCAAUGCACCAAUGACUAAUAACCUCAUAGAAGCUGUCACUAGAGCUAUUGCUUGUGAAGGAAAUGAUGCAGUAUACAUAUUAACUCAAGGGCGCUCUGCAUUAAGAAGCUAUUCUUCUUUAUUCAACAUGCUCCAGUUGUCACAUGUACCAGUUAAUAUUAGUGUGUAUGAGUGCACUGAUCCUGGAGCACUGGAUGAUUAUAAGGAAUUGUGUAGAGUAUGCAAUGGAAGGUUACAUGUGUAUAAUCCAAAGUCCCCAGUAUAUGAUCCCAUUGCUCCAGUCUCUUCACGUCCUUCAUCUGCCGCCAGCUCCAUUAACAGCACUUCCUCAAGAACAAAGACUCCACCGUCCCUGCCCCGAGAUGAUGUCCUCCUCGUGUGGGAGGAGCUUGAGAGGGGGCGUGACACUCUAGCAGAGAUACAGUUGAUACAGUUGGAGAAGCAGACGGUUGGAAGGAGCGAUAAGCAUCCACUGCCUAAACCUUGCAAAGAAGAAUACAUGUCAUCAAUACAGUGGAUUGAUGUGAGAUAGAGUUAUA